AAUAGGCUCCAGCCACCAAACUAUUAGAACCAGUACAUGUACUUGUGUAAAGGUUAAGUUGUGACAUUAUACAGAUAGGACAUGUAGAUUAAUUCUACCUUUACCUGAUUGGUCUACCUGUAGCUGCAAUCAGUCAGUACAUGGACAUACAGAAGAGAUCAAAUUUAAGGACAUCAGUUAAUAAGGAAAUGACAGACAAUGACAAUAAACCAGUAACAACACAACCAGGCCCUCCACCUGGUUCAGGACAGCCACAACAAUAUGGUCAUCCUGGUCAACCAGGUGGGCAACCAUUCUACGGUCAACCAGGACAGCCCGGUCAACCACCAUAUGGGCAGCCUCAGUAUGGCCAACCUGGGCAAUCACCAUAUGGGCAACCACAGUAUGGUCAACCAGGGCAACCACAGUAUGGGCAACCACAGUAUGGACAACCAGGACAACCGCAGUAUGGACAACCAGGGCAACCGCAGUAUGGACAGCCAGGGCAACCAGUAUAUGGUCAGCCAGGGCACCCCCCUUAUGGACCACCUGGGGUGCCAGGUCAGCCAGGUGGCCAACAGGUAGUGUGGAUGAGCAGGCCCGAGGGUAUAGCCGGCUGUCCCCCAGGCCUGGAAUACCUCACUCAGGUGGAUCAGCUUUUGGUACAGCAGCAGGUCGAGCUGUUCGAAUUAUUCACAAAUUGGGAGACCAAAAACAAGUACAGAGUGAGCAACUCCCUGGGUCAGCAGGUGUACUUUGCUGCUGAAGAGUCUGACACAUGUAUGAGACAGUGUUGUGGGCCACACCGAGGGUUUGUCAUGCAUAUUACAGAUAACCUGGGGCAGGAGGUGAUCCGAGUGACCCGAGAGUUCAAGUGUUGUACAGGCUGUGGCUGCUGUGCUCAUAUUGAUGGCUGUGCCUAUACCGUCACGGUAGAAGCUCCACCGGGUCAAGUUGUCGGAUAUGUUAAGCAACAGUUUACCAUGUGGACGCCAAAGUAUUCUGUGUUGAAUGCCUCAGGCGACCUGGUGUUUAACAUUAAAGGACCUUGCUGUAUCUGUCAGGGUAUAUGCUGCACAUGGGACCAGGAGUUUAAGAUAUUCUCACAGGACUGGGACACAGAGGUCGGGAAAAUCAGCAAACAAUGGACUGGGCUACUUCGGGAAAUGUACACAGAUGCUGACAAUUUUGGUAUCAAUUUUCCCAUGGACCUAGAUGUUAAAAUCAAGGCAGUUUUACUUGGAGCAGUUUUCCUAAUUGAUUUUAUGUUCUUUGAGCAGAAGCAGAACAACAACAAUUACUGAAGAUGAUAUGGUUAGAGGAAAGAAGAAGCUGCACUUGUGUAAUAUCUUACCUGUAAAAGCUCGGAUUGGGGAUUUUCGCGGAUAAUUAUGCCUAGGAUGGUGGGAGCACGUCGCGGGAAACGGGUAACGAUACGAGUGGAGAAGUCACGUCGCCCCGCCCAACCACCUCGACGUGACGCCAUGCUGCUUCGCGUGUGGUAUCGGUCACGACCCUAACUGAGAUUCGCAUAACCCCUUCUGCCCUUCACCUCGCAUUAACGGGGCAAACCUCCGCCGUAUCGGGCACAGCCAGUGGUCAGUGGAGGAGGUAUGUGAGUGGCUUGAGGAGCAGGACCUUGGGGCGUUCGGGGAGAAAUUUCUUGAUAUACAUGCCAGCUUUCCAAAACACUUGACCUGGUUGAGAUAUUUUGAAGGGUAUGUGCAUUACAGAGCUUUGAACUUCGUGCUUGAGAACGGACAAACAGACACAUUUCCAACAUAGAGAGAAAUCUCACCAACAGAAUGCCUACCUCCAGGAGAAAUUCCCAGAGUGUUGGGCACCCUGCCAAACUUUCCCCCCUCCUGAGGGCAGCACUGCUAAAUCAGGACAGGCAGUUAAAGAGUCUGCUCAAAACAAAAAUACAAUCAGCCUUGGUUCAGGGGCUGUUUGAUCACCUAAAUCAGUUCACACUGUAAGUUAAGUCCAAAUUUUGUGUUUUCCUGGUGUAAAGAGAUUAUAAACUGUCAACAUACCACUGCCAAAGGUGAAUCUCAAGAAAACAUUUCACAGUUAUUUCUCAAAGUAAGACGUUUAUAGACGUAUAUGUAACCCCUAGAACUUCACGCUGCUACAUGGGUGUACUUUUUUUCCUGUCCUCUGAUACCAGUAUCUGAGUUACAAACAGUACGUUCAGCACUACUCACACAGCUUCAGCACUACUUACACAGCUUUCCUUUCUGCAUGAAGAGUGAAUCAAGAUAUAUAAGUGAUGGGAAGGACUUGGGAGAGAAUGAGAGAAGCAUUGCAAACCAUGUGAAAACCAAGGCAAGGGAAAUGGAAAAGGUCAGGCCAAAGCUAGACAUGGUGAAGGACCUUAUGGCCAAGACACGUGUGCACAGAAAGCCAUUUAUCAGUGAGCACACAACAACAGAGGUGCUGGAGGAGUUCCCCCAAAACUGGAAGUUGUUGUGGGACAUGAGCCUGCUUUAUGGUGUUGACCCUGACAGAAUGAUGGUAACCAUUCUAAACAAGAUGGCACCAAAGUCUGCCCUACUGGACAAAUGUGUGAAAGCAAUCAGUUUGUGCACGGAGGAUUCUGUGAAGAAAGUGACUUGUAUGUGUGUUAUUGGUCACUCGGCUGUUCUGAAGGACAUCAAGACAGUCUUGAAAUAAUGAGAGAUGACUCAAGUGUGGAUGUUUCAUUUGCCUCAGCAGCAGUAUUAAGCCUAUAUUAUGUAUUUGGGAUUGAAUAUCCAAAGGGAUUAAGGAAAACCAUGCUCUUUCUUGAAAGGUUUGUGUUGAAAAUUUGUCAAGAUGAGCCAUUGCCAUUAACGGUUAGGAGAGUUUAUAACUCCAUUUGUGAUUAAGCACAAAAGUGUUCUGAUUGUUGUUAUGCUUUUGACACAAUAACUUCCCUCUUGUUAUGAUGUGAUAUUUUUAGUCCCUGUUGGUGGCAAUCCAAGAGACUGUACAUGUAGGUUUCACCGUGUCUGUCAGCGUGCUUUCUUUUAAUAUCUGUCUGUCUCACCUAACAGGAGAAGAAAACAUACUAAGGAUGCAAACUUCAGAUGUAAAAAGAUAUUGGCAUGAACUGAAUCUGAGUUAUGAUGAUAUUAACAUUUAACUUGUCACUCUUAUCUAAAGUUUAUAUGAGUUUGGUUUUUUUCCAGCUUUAUAUUUUCUUUACUAGACUUUGCACAUGCAUUGAUUUAGCAUAGUGUGGUAAUGGACCAGUUCAGAAUUACUAACAAUUGAUGAAUUUUUCAAUUUUUUGCAUUUGUUCUGCCCUUUUCUUUGUGGCCCAUUUUAUCGGAAGUUGCUAUGCAUUUUUAUUGUAACAUUGCACAUACAGCAAAAGUUGGUGAUUUAUAAAUGUUUUGUCAAGUUAGGCUUUUUGAAAAACUGAUAAAGAGAGGUAUUUUGCCAGAGGUACUUUUAGAACACUUGUUUCCUGUGAUAAAGCAGACAGUCUUGAUUUAAUUAGGUCGUUUUACAUGGAUAUUUUCAAUAACUAAAUGCUAACGCAGGUUGACUGAACAUAGGUAUGACACUGUAUGUAAUCCUCAUUAGUUCCCUACCCUUUAUAUAAAUCUGGUAACCCUUGGUAAAUUUCCAGUUAUGUGUAAGUUUCAUAGUGUUUGUAUUGUUUUAAAGACCAGAAUUGUACCUGUUUUGUAG